ACCCUGACCGGGCUUAGUGUACGUACAUGGUAUUCAGACUUUCGAGUACCACCCCUAUUUUUCUAGUCUCCCUCGUGAGACUAAGAAGGACAUGAGUUCGUCGUACCAAAUGGGCGAAUCUCAUAGUUGCAAGGUCAUUCCUUGUUGACUUAGAAUCAUACAGCAUGAAGUCAUCAUCAAGUAAAAUCAUCAUGACUAUGUGUAACAUCAAUUACGCAUCAUGUAAUCCUCAUCAAGAACAAUUAUAUUGAUUACAUAGGUGUCAUGAAUAUUGUUAUACAUUUUUGUGGACAUAUAUAUACGUAUAUGUCUAUGAAUUAUUCUACAAUUCUAGCGUAGUACCACUCAGCGGUUUCGCUGAGCGUGUAGUUUGUAUUUUUCGUUGACUACACGUAGGUAACAAGAAGACAAUGAUGGAACCUUUUCCGGAGGGCAUUGAGUCAGAGGAGAUGCAAGGAUGGCAGGCAAUGUUUGGUCAACAAAUUUUAAAAUGUGUCAUGAUUUGAUUAUUAUUGUACUUCCGCAUUACUCUGAAAAUAUUUUUAAAUGGGUCGCGAUUCAGAGUCUGUAAAUUUAAUAUUUUUAAGUAAUUGUCAUAUUCAAAUGUCAACAGACGACGGGCAGUGCAUCAGUAUUUCCGAAUCAAAAUCCGAUAAGAUCCGUCUUCUAUCUAUUUCAAGGAUUUUAGCCACACGUUUGAUCGACAUCCUAAGAAGGCCGGAUUACACAGAAGAAUCUUGGGAAAUCACUUGUUAUGAUGGAGAUUCUUCCCUCAAAGUGGUAUGGGAAUCAAACAGGCUCUUUAGCAAAGGUUUAGCUCAAUUUCAUAGGGAAUCAGAAGAUAGGAUUUUGGAGAGUAGCCAACCACCACUUCUAAAUGGAACUACUAGAAUAUCCGGGAAUGCUAAAAUAGACACGGAUGAAGGGUGGAGAUGCGUGCAAAGUGAGAGGCUCUAUGGCAGAGAAGAGGAAGGACAGACGGAAUCUGCAAACAAGGUUUUCAUGGAUUCAGCACUAAAAUUGGAGUUCGAAAGAACUCAAUCACACUCCACAGAUGGAAAAAUAGACCAGGAGAGUAUGAAGCAGUUUGAUCAAGUAAUUAAGGACAACCUCAACCUCUUCCGGAAAUCCAUGGCUAACACAAAGUUCUUACAUGCUCUAAACAAGGGACAAAUACUCGGUUACUCAGAGGAUGUUGUUCGGGUAACUAGAGAGACAAUGAAGAGCUUUGAAUACAUAGAUGCGGCAGUAGUUCAAGGAGCGAAAUACCCGGUCUACCUUGCUUAUGCCAACGAGGAUAUGUUGGGCCACCCGCUGGAUAUCGGCCCAUCACAAGCCCCCCAACUCCUCAUUCCUCAUCUGGGCCACGUUGAGGGAUGGGGAGUUUACGAGGUCCACGUGAGCGCUCCAGCGCGGAUCCGGGCCGUUCCUUGGGUUUCGCGUGACGUUUGGGCACGAUCUCCACGAAGAUCUUCCACAUCGUCCAAUUCUCGUCAUGCCGAUCAAUCGGCCUCUGGCCGUGACCUAAGCCAGACUCAAUCGUCCCAUUCGUCACCGCCGGCCAUGCCCGGCCAAAAGCUACGCCAAUUGAGGAAGCAAUUUCCUUCCUCGACCCCAGCACGGCGGGGCUCGAGGGUUAAGCUGGACGAGAGCAUCAUGGCACUGUGCCAUUGCCAAGUUACUAACCGGGGGUUCGCCGAUGUUGUUGGACCCUCUAUUGAGGUUCCAAGGCCUAGUAGCACCCAGACCGCCCUAGACGCUCUGUCGGGGUUCUUUACAGUCCAUUUGGCAUCCUUGAUGAAGGGGCUAUGCAAGGAUAUAGGGGUGAAACCUACUCUCGACCACUUCCUGUUCACUUUCAAGCUGACCAAGGGUCACAAGCAUUGGGUGUCCUAUGCGAGUCUUUCCCAAAGGUCCAGCAAACUUUUUACCAACGAAGAGAAGGGGUCGACUAAAGACUGGAAGCCCUUCUUUGUCUUUGUCUCGACGGGGCAUGAAUCUCCUUUCACGGGUUCAGGGCUCCCUUCUUUCCGUCGCAUCCCAUGUCCCCCAUCUAACGCCACCCUCUUGUCCAUGACCCACCAACUCUGCGGCCGAGGGGCCGUCAAUAUUAAUGAGGUGGUGACCGAGGAGUCUCUUGCCAAGAUGGGGUUUGAGUUCGUCCAAGACGAACUUCGUCACCAACCUGAGCUGUUGAGGGAUGUUCACGGGGGCAGUCAGCCCGACCUGCCCAGGGGGGCUCCUGAGGGAGGCCUGGACUGUGGUCCUUUUGUUGAGCCACAAGGAUUAGAUGGAGAGAUGGAUAGUGACCUCUUGCUCGGUCGCUUCAUGGCUGGGAAGAACCGGAAGAGAGAUGCCACCAAGCAGAGCAAGAGCAAACGCUCUUCCUCCCGCGGAGAAGCGAUCCACUCCCCCCCGCGCUCUCUGAUACCGGGGGGCGACCUGGCCGGGUCAUCCCAGGCUGUUACAUCGGAGCGACCUCCUUCGUCGCCCGCAGUGACCUAUGAGGUGGUGACCGAGGGUCGCUCGAUGAGGUUCAACAUUCCUCCCCCAUCCCCAAGUCUAGGGGACGUGCAGCUGGAGACCUUCAUCACCCUGCCUGCACAAGAUCGGGCCCGCAUCUCGGCCGGUUCUGAGGAUGACCUCAACAGCAUGAUUCUCCUAAGGCUUAGCCAGGAGGAGGUUGCUCGCCUUAUGAGGGAGUUGGAUGGGAAAGAGGUCUGUUGUGCCGUCCUUGAGGCGGAGAAGGCCUCCUUGUCUUCGGAGGUGGAAUCCGUUUCCGCUCGCGUGGUCGAGUUGGAGGGGGAGAAAACUGAUUUGAUACAGCAGUUGGAGGUGGAGAGGAGCGACCGGGUCCAUCAUGUGGAGGAAGCGAUCGAGUCCUUCAAGUCUUCUCCUGACUUUUCCAUGGUCGCUAUGGAGCGGAUGGACAAGCUGACGACCGAAUGGCUCAAAACUGAUCCCGGGGCCCAAUGGAUGGUCAAGGAGGGGACAAAGUCCUUCAACUGCGGGCUCUUUCGCGCUCAGCAAGUCUUCUGCGACAAGCUAGCUCGGCUCCCCAAAGGAUUCUCUCUCCCCGUCCUCGGCUUUCCUCCUCCUUGCCGCGCCUUGGCUGAGUUCGACCCUAGUCCUUAUUUAGACGGGGGGAGCUCAAGUGCCUCCGACGAAGAAGAAGAAGAAGAGGCUGAUCUGCGCGACCAAGGUGAACUGGACGACCAGAACCCGGGGGCUAGCUUAGCAACGUCCAAGGCAGGUGGAGAUGCCGGCUCGAGCAUCUAAACUCCCCUGUCUCCCCUCUUCUCGUUGCUUUUAUACUGCCCUUCAGCAAUUUAAAUUAUUUCUGGUAGGAAUAAAUUCCAAUUGUAACAAUUUACAACUCUGGUUGGAUGAUCUGAUUUUAUUUAUUGAUCCUACCGCAGUGCCCUAAGUCUCUCAUCCUUAUGACCAAGACUUAGUUAAGACUAACCCGGGGCGAGUCAGUACCCU